UAAUAUUUCAAAAUGGCAAACCCAUUUUUAAUGGAUGAUGAUUUAGGUGGUUCCGAUGGUGGUGAUGCUGCUGUAAAUCCAUUUUUAUUACAAGGUGAUGGCAAUGAAGAAGAAGCAUUUGACAAUCCUUUUGCAGGGCAGAUAUCCAAUCCAUUUGCAUUCGGUGAUGAAACGGAAACAGCUCCUCCUACAGAUAUUGACCCAGCUAUGAGUUUCUUUGGUACAACUAUAGAAGCAGAAGAUGACACACUUAGUAUUAAAUCUACAGUUGAAGAAGACGAUGAACAUGUGAAGAAAGGGCCGCCACCAAGACCAGUUCCACCACAAACACAGGAGCUCAUAAAUACGGUUUCAAAUCAAAUGGAAGAAGCAAGUUCAGAAUUACUUGGACGCAUACCAGCUACGAGAUCUCCAAGUCCUGUAUCAAUGAGAGACUUACAUUCUCCAAGUCCAACACCAGAUUCGGGAUUGGCUGACUUACUUGACGUAUCGGAUAGCGGAUCCUCAGCAAAUACACAAGGAUUUGAUGUAGACCUAAUCGGCAGUAUGAACAGCAACGAUAACCCAUUCGGAAUUCCUACAGGCAUACCAACUAUACAAGGCGCAACUCCAAUGCCUUCACCAGCUAAGCAGCAACCACCAAGACCUCCUCCACCAAGACCUGCACCUCCACGACCGGCGCCACCAGGUGUUAUGAAUAAUCCACCUCAACGGCCACCACCACCAAGCCAAAUUACAAACGAACCAGCUGAUUCCGAAGACUUAUUUGAUAUGUUUGGCACAUCUAAGCCGCCAAAACCUCCACCACCUAAGAGUAAGGAAGAUAUUUUAAGUUUAUUUGAAAAGCCAACAGAACCAGUUGCGAAACCGGAUUUACUUAGUGAUGAUAUUGUACUUGAGCCUGAAGCAGUCCAGCCAGAAGCAGAUGUCGACAAAAAAGUAGAUCCUGUUUUUAGUUCAACUCUUACAAGACCUGAUGAAAGUACACAUGAUAUUUCAUCUCAACCACAAGCAGCACAAUCUUAUCAAAACUCUAGAAAUACUAUCGCACCUCAAGAAACUACGAAUAGGCAACGCGCUCCCACACCAGAUAUUGAGAUAACAACAGUAGAAGAUUUACCGAGAUCAGAUGAUGAGGAUGAACCCGAGGUUACAGUUCAACCUGUACCAGAUGUUGUAAUUGACACGGAACCAAGUCCACCACCAGAAGAUGAUGAUGAUGCAUCAAUGGAACCCAUUGUUGGUUCAGCGGUGGAGUCAGAUCAAAGUCCACCAACUGAAUCUAAUGUUACAACACAAGCAACAGCAGAGUUUCCUGUUAAGGCAACUACAGAUCAAGCGUAUGAAGUAGAACAAAUGGAUACUGGCUUUGAUUUUGCACCAACAACUGUGAUUGCAAGUGGUACUGGUUCAGCAAACCCAUUUGCAAGUCCUGAUGAUGAGGAAGAAACGUAUCCACCUGCUACAGCAGUUACAAAUAUUUUCGACAGUGAAGACAAGGGAACAGUGGUCGACUCUUCUAUAGCAUCGGCAACAAUAAAUAUUUUUGCAACAGACGCAGAACCUAUAGUUACCACACAAGUACAUGCGACUAAUAUAUUUGCAGCGGAACCAGAUGAAUUCGAUGCUUUUUCGGCGAAGUUUGAUUCUGUUAAAAAGGAUAAUAUCAGCAUAUUAGAUGGCUUUGGUGGUUCGGGUGCAGUUACACCUACCACAGCUGAUGCUUGGGGCGAUAGUGCCUUCGGUACACCCAAUUCAGGUGUUAAUGCUUUUGGAGAUGGUGCAGUUGAUGGUUUUGGAAAUGAGGAUGAUGAAUUCUAUACUAUGCAAGCACCUGUUCGACAAGAUUCCGUUGAAUCAGUAGAUAAAGAAUUUAAUGUUGUCAUAAGACCUAAAGCAGAUGGCGCACAAGUUGUUGCACCACACUUGGUACCGCCACCACCGCCAGCCCGAACAGUCACUGGUCAGUAUUCCAGUGAUACAUCGCCUGCUGCAAAUCCAUUUGAAGAUACUGGUUUCCCAGCUCCUCCUCAAACUACUGAUACUACUAUAAAGCGCACAGACUCUCAAGAUACACCACAAACUCCAUUAUUCGAUGAGGAUGUAUCUCAACCACUAGAAGAAUUUCCACGUUUGCAUUACAUUGGCCCUGGUUGGGAAAUGCAACUACGUCAACCAAACAAAAAGAAAAUCACAGGACAACGAUUUUGGAAAAAGAUUUUUGUUCGACUGGUGAUACAAAAUGAUGUGCCUGUGGUGCAACUACUUAACCAAGCUUCCGAUAAACAGGCUUUCCAAGAGUUACCUUUACAGCCAUCGUACUCAGUGUCUGAAAUUGGUGCACAGCAAUAUGAUCAGUUUGGCAAAAUUUUUACAAUGAAAUUGCAAUAUAUAUUUUAUAAGGAACGCCCGGGAGUGCGGCCUGGUCAAGUGACUAAAGCAGAACGUAUUACAAAUAAGUUGACUAAAUUUGCACAAUAUGCGAUAGCUGGAGAUUACGAAGGUGUUAAAGAGUUUGGCAGCGAUUUAAAGAAACUCGGCUUACCUGUAGAACACGCACCACAAUCGUCUCAGUUGUUUAAAAUUGGAUCGAUGACUUACGAAGAUAUGAAACAGUUCUCUGUGUGUAUAGAGGAGGCACUUUUUAAAUUAACAGCUUUAAGGGAACGAGCUUUGACCUACAAAAUGGAAGAAGUGCAAGUAACUGCUGUAGACGAAAUCGUUGUUGAUCAGGACCAUGAAGGAAAAAUUCUAAAACAAAUUGCUCGAGUGCGUUUAUUCUUUUUAGCAUUUUUAACAGGUAUGCCAACAAUCGAACUGGGUGUAAAUGAUAUGUGGCGUCAGGGUAAGGAGGUAGUUGGGCGCCACGAUAUUAUUCCCGUGGCAACUGAAGAAUGGAUACGUCUGGAGGCUGUGGAAUUCCAUAGUGUUGUUAAUCAGGAAGAAUAUGAAAGAACACGAACCAUUAAAUUCCAGCCACCAGAUGCCAAUUAUAUAGAACUGCUGCGUUUCCGCGUUCGUCCGCCUAAAAAUCGUGAACUUCCAUUACAGCUCAAGGCAACUUGGUGUGUUACCGGUAAUAAGGUUGAACUGCGUGCAGAUAUAUUAGUGCCAGGAUUUACUUCGCGUAAAUUGGGGCAAAUCCCUUGUGAAGAUGUCUCCGUUCGUUUUCCUAUACCCGAAUGUUGGAUAUACUUGUUUCGCGUGGAAAAGCAUUUUAGGUACGGUUCUGUAAAAUCAGCGCAUAGACGUACUGGCAAGAUUAAGGGUAUCGAGCGAAUUUUGGGUGCAGUAGACACAUUGCAAGAAUCAUUGAUUGAGGUCACAUCUGGUCAGGCUAAAUAUGAACAUCAUCAUAGAGCAAUUGUUUGGCGCUGCUCACGUUUACCAAAGGAAGGACAAGGUGCUUAUACUACACAUCAACUGGUCUGUCGUAUGGCUCUGACUUCUUAUGAUCAAAUACCGAGUGAAUUGGCCCCGUAUGCAUUUGUAGAGUUCACAAUGCCAGCAACUCAAGUCUCACACACAACUGUACGUUCAGUGAGUGUUCAGGACUCGGAUGCUGAUGAGCCUCCUGAAAAAUAUGUGCGCUAUUUGGCAAGACACGAAUACAAAGUUGGAAUUGAAACGACACAUGGAGAGAGCGUGAAUGCUUAUUUGGCAGCUACAGCCAAGUCAAUACGUGAGGAAGCGCCUGCUAAGGCAGCACCUUCACCAUUACCACCCAGUGAUUCUGAUUCGGACUCAAAUUAAAUUUGCUGAAUUUAUAUGCAUUAAAAAAGUUGGAGAUAUUUUAUUUCAGCAAAUUUUUAUAGUUUAAAGUGAGUAAGAAAAUUAUUUAUAGGCAAUAACUAUUAAGAAUGAUAUAUAUUCAAAGUAUUUUGUUGAUUAUAAAUGAGGGCUAUACGUAUUAUACAAGAGAACAAAAAACAUAAUUAAGUUCCAGAAAUUUACAUAGAUUACUCAAUGAUAUUUAAGCAUAUAAAAUUAAUAUUUAGUAACAAAAUCAUACAUAUUAGCGAUCAGAUGUUAAAUUCACCGACAUUUUUUGUGCUUAAGUUCUAUGUUAUUAACAUCGAAGCAAUAAUCCAUGUUAUUAGCAUAACUAUGGUAUACUCAUAUGUUAAGAAUGAAGUACAUAUUUAACUUUGGUAUAAGUAAGAAAUCAAAGCGAAAUGAUGAA